AUGCCCACCACUGGCACAACCCUCAUGACAAUAGUAGGCAUAACAACCUCCCUAGGCGCCUACCUAGCCGACUGGAACGAUACCCACAUCUACAAUCCGCGCUGGCCACCCCAUGCCAAAUUCCAUAACGGACAAACAAUGUCCAUGGGUCUCGUCCUCGGCCUGACAACAUUAUACUAUCUCUACCGUCAUGCUUCGACACCUGAACUCAAGAGCCAUUAUGUUCAUACGGCUGCUUGGACGGGCAGUAUUUAUUGGAUCACUCAGUUGAGUGCUUUUCUUUAUCCUGGGGCUUUGGCGGUUGAUCCUGAGUUUGGGACGUUUGCGCCGCAGGUGUAUAUUUGUGUAGUCUUGUUGGGGUUUGUUGGAGUUGGGUUGGGUUUGGAAAAGGUUAGGUUGGCGGCUUUGGGUUCUGGGCGUGGGAGGGCUGGGGAGAAGAGGUCUUGA